UCGUCUUUUCGCUGGUGUGUGUAAACUGUUGUGUAAAAUAUGCGGUACAGCCAUUUCCUCCCUUCUUUUCAGCUCAGCCGUUGGCUGUGGCGUUUCCCCCCACGCGCCUUGAAUGCAGCCAGGCGGUGUCAUCCUCCAAUGGGAAGCGCCCACAAUAAGCAGCGGUCUGUGCGGCUCCAUAUUGGAUCUUCUUAGAAAUACGCUGCGCCGGAGGUGUACCUGCGUAUGUUGUCCAAUGUACAGUCGGGUCUGAGCUUAGGAUUGAGGCAUGAGGGAGGUAGCCGACAAAGGCGCCUUUACAAACAAAUCUUGUUCGGAGCUUUGUUUUAUAGAACAGCGCAAUUCGCUUGGUUUUUAACGGGGAUGAGAAAUUAGAUUAGAGACGCAUCCGAAGAACGCAGCAGAAGUGGCAUGAAGGCGAAGGAAGAAUUAAUUGGAUUGAGAUAACGCCACGCAGGCAUAAUGUUCACGCUCACUGAGGUUGCAUCCUUGAACGACAUCCAGCCGACAUAUCGCAUCCUAAAACCAUGGUGGGACGUCUUCAUGGACUACCUGGGGAUAGUCAUGCUCAUGCUGGCCAUAUUUGCCAUGACCAUGCAAAUCACCAAGGACCAGGUGGCUUGUCUUCCAUGUCUGGAGGAUUCAGAGGGGUCCUCGGGAACUAAAGCUAACUCAUUCCCCCAGCAGAGCACAGACGAAGCAGCCACCAGUGCCCCUGUGGUAACCGCCGGCCCCUAUGUCACCAAGGACCUACCAGACGAAGCUGUCCGUGAGAUUGACGUCACACACAAACACACAGCAGUGGUGACAGAGACGUAUGUUAACCAGCCUCAACCAUCGGGGAUCAAGACCAAUCUGGACUUUCAACAAUAUGUCUUUGUCAACCAAAUAUGUUACCAUGUUGCCUUACCCUGGUACUCCAAGUACUUCCCAUACCUCACUCUCAUCCACACAAUUAUUCUCAUGGUCAGUAGCAAUUUCUGGUUCAAGUACCCUAAAACGAGUUCAAAGAUUGAGCAUUUUGUUUCUAUUCUGGGAAGGUGUUUUGAGUCUCCUUGGACAACAAAGGCUUUGUCUGAAACAGCUUGUGAGGACUCGGAGGAGAACAAACAGAGGCUGACCGGCACCUCUUCAGUACCAAAAAAUCUGUCUUUAGAGGAGAGGGAUGAAAGCCCAAGAGACAGCGCAUCCACACCCAUGCUUGGGGUGAAGUUUUCUGCAGAUAAGCCCGUCACGGAGGUCCCAAGUAGUAUGACAAUUCUGGACAAAAAAGACGGGGAGCAGGCCAAAGCCUUAUUUGAGAAAGUGAGAAAAUUCAGAGUUCAUGUGGAGGACAGUGAUUUUAUCUACAAGCUUUAUGUAGCACAGACCAUUGUCAAAACUGUCAAGUUUAUUUUGAUAUUGUGCUACACUUCGACAUUUUUUACUAAAAUAAGUUUCACACACAAUUGUGAACCUGAUAUUAAGCAGCUAACAGGAUACACAAGAUUCUUCUGCACACACAGCAUGGCUUUCAUGCUGAACAAGCUGCUUAUUAGCUACAUGGCCCUGAUUUUGAUUUACGGGAUGAUGUGCUUGUACUCUCUCUUCUGGGUGUUUCGACGACCUUUGAAAGAGUACUCUUUCGAGAAGGUCAGGGAAGAGAGCAGCUUCAGUGACAUUCCUGAUGUCAAAAAUGACUUUGCAUUUCUCUUACACAUGGUUGAUCAGUAUGACCAACUCUAUUCUAAGCGCUUUGGUGUCUUUUUGUCCGAAGUCAGUGAAAACAAGCUGAGGGAGAUCAGCCUCAAUCACGAGUGGACCUUUGAAAAAUUGAAACAGCUUGUGACCCGUAAUGCACAGGACCAACAGGAGCUGUACCUCUUCAUGCUCUCCGGACUUCCGAAUGCAGUGUUUGACCUCACAGACUUGGAAGUGCUUAAGCUGGAGCUGAUACCUGAGGUGAGGUUCUCGGCAAAGGUCUCUCAAAUGACGAGCCUGCAGGAGCUGCACCUGUGCCACUGCCCUGCCAAGGUUGAGCAAACAGGGUUCACUUUCCUCCGUGACCAUCUUCGCUGCCUUCAUGUCAAGUUCACUGAUGUUGCUGAGAUCCCAGCCUGGGUCUAUUUGCUGAGGAGUUUAAGGGAGCUUAACCUAAUUGGCAACUUGAGCUCAGACAAUAACAAAGCAAUUGGGCUAGAUUCCAUGCGAGACCUGAGGCAUUUGAAGACAUUAUGCUUGAAGAGCAACCUCACUAAAAUCCCCACAAACAUCACAGAGCUUUCACCACAUCUGAUUAAGUUAGUGGUGCACAAUGAUGGUACAAAACUACCAGUACUGAAUAGUCUCAAAAAGAUGACCUGUCUAAUUCACCUGGAGCUGUACAGUUGCGAACUGGAGAGGAUUCCCCACGCUAUUUUCAGCUUGACCAACCUACAGGAGCUCGACCUUAAAUCAAACAAUAUCCGAACCAUAGAGGAGAUCAUCAGCCUACAGCACCUCAAGAGGCUGACAUGCCUCAAACUGUGGCACAACAAAAUUAUCACCAUCCCAAACUCCAUUGGGCUGGUCAAGUCUCUGGAGUCUCUCUACCUGUCCCACAAUAAACUCGAGUCCCUGCCUCCAGCUUUGUUCACUCUACCUAAACUGCGGCACUUGGACCUGGCCCACAACUCCAUCACAGUGCUCCCUCCAGAUGUGGGUCUGCUCCACAACCUCCAGCACCUAGCCAUCAACUCCAACAAGCUGGAUGUGCUCCCCAAGACUCUGUUCAAAUGCAUCAAGCUUAAGGUGCUGUGUCUGGGGAACAACGCACUCACCAUUCUGCCAGAGCUUGUGGGGCAACUGGUCCAGCUCACUCAGCUGGAGCUGAAAGGAAACUGUCUGGACAGACUGCCUGCUCAGCUCGGAAACUGCCGCCUGCUGCGCAAAAACGGCCUGGUUGUGGAGGAGCAUCUCUUUGACGCCCUGCCUGUGGAGGUUAAGGAGAGCAUCAGCCGUGAGACCAGCACAACCUUUACAAGCGGUUUAUAGCACAGAAACCACCAUGGCAACACAGAGCAGCUCUGGUGGUUCAUGACAAGCCUGUAAAAUGGACCGAACACUUGGCCAUCUAUUAUAAUAUCCAUAAAAAAGAACACAUUUUGUUGAUUAUUUUAAUGGGUUUGUGUAUUACAGCUUUUUUUUUAGCUUUUCUUGUUCAUGAUUAUGUAUCUAAUUUAGCAUUUUUUGGCCUUUUUUCAUCUCUGAAUAAUAAGAUUGUAAAUUUUGCAUCUCUGUGUAAUACUGUAUAGAAACGGUCUGCUCUAAUGAUGUAGUUUUAUCAUUAUUGUAUUAGGGACUCAGGUUAUAACCUCAGAGAGCAAUCUUUUGCCUUAACUGCUACUGUUUUUACAGUGCAUGCUUUCAGAAACAAAAGGCCAAAUAUAAAUAUUUCAUCUUGUCUAUUUAUCAUACAACCUCUAUCCACACAGCAAUUUUCAUGCAGGAUGUUAUGGAAUUCGACACAAUGCAAUGCUCCUUUCUUGGUAGUAUUUAACCUUAGUUGAAAUCUUGCAGUAUGACCUUUAUUUUCCUUGAUGUCUUGUAGCUAACAUAUUAAGUUUAGGGAUGUAAAACUCAGGUGGAGACUAAACAGCAGAAAUGACCCUUUAGGGAUUGUAUACUGAGGCCUAUAGUAAUUCAUUUGCACAUUGAAAACCUAAAGAUUUAAAAAUUGAUGAAUGUCCUUUGUGAUAUUGUCCUAAGACCAGUAUGAGCUGACAAAAGAGAAAUCGGUUAUCUAUCUUUUUUUAAACACUGCUUUAAAAUUUGACAUGUGAUGAAACUUGUCAGAGGUAGGACUGAUUAUUUACACGACCGUCAUGUGAUGAUGACCAACAUGUCUGCUUUCGAUUUUCUCAAUGUAUUUUGUAUAGGCCUAUAUACUGUAUGUGUUCUUUACAGCUGUACCACCUUGGUGACCCUAUGCUGAAAAGUCACAACUUUAUGGCACAAUAAAACAAGAUUUUA